AUGGGCAAUACACCUAGUAGUUCUACAGAGACUAAAGAUUUAGAAGAGAAGCCGCAGAAAAGCGUUGGAGCUGGAAGAGAGAAAGAGAUUCCGAUGCCUGAACAACUGAAAGACGUGUCCAUGGUGGACGUGAGCGAGGCGGCAGCGGAACCGGUGGCAGAGGACUCGCGGCGCAAGGUAAAACGGGUGCACCCGGGGGAGGUGGCGCAGACGUUUUCGCAGCUGAGCCUGCGCGGCGGCGAGGACAUGGGGCUGGCGGAGAAACGAUCUACUACCCUGAUCUUCGACUACGAUGACGACAUGGCUUCGAAGGGCCUAAACCACGCCGGGGUGGGCUCAAACUCGGAUAUCGACUCGAUGGCGGACGAUCGCAUGGCCACGGAGCAACCGGCGGGUUCGUCGAGCUCGUCGUGCAUCUCGCCACCACCGCAGCACGACGUGCUGGGCCCUCCGGCAUAUGGCAUGUACGGGGCCACGCAGCCGCAGGGUGCCGCGAGAGAGGCACAGGCACAACCGCCGCAGCCGCCGUCGCAGCAGCAGCAGCAGCAGCAGCAGCAGCAGCAGGCGUCGCCGCCGAUGGUGCCCGUGGAAAUCACUUGGCAGCAGGGCGGGUCGCGGGUCUAUGUCACAGGGUCCUUCACCGGUUGGAGGAAGAUGAUAGGACUCGUCGCGGACCCAGCGCGGCCCGGCGUCUUCCAGAUUAAGCUUCAGCUUCCGCCUGGCACACACCGCUUUCGUUUCAUUGUAGAUAAUGAGCUCCGUUUCAGCGACUUCCUGCUCACGGCCACCGACCAGAUGGGCAACUUCGUCAACUAUUUGGAAAUCGUAUCGCCCCAGCCAGCGGGGCAGCAGCACAUCCAGGCUCCGCAUGCGCCGCGACUGCAGGCGCCCUUUGACCAGGCGCAGUCCACGCACACAAAUCCGUCCGACCUACGGCCCGACGACGCUCGCAUAGACGGGGAUGCAUACUCGCGCACAGAGAAGCAGAUGAGUGCGCGCUCCAAGCUUGCCCUUCAGAUAGAGGAGGAGCCCGAUGACAUGGGCGACGGCUACACACGCUUCCACGAGGAAAUCAAGACGAAGCCCGCCUAUGAGUUCACCCAAGAUAUCCCUGCUGUCUUCACGGAUCCUUCCGUCAUGGGCCAGUACUAUUUGACGCUCGAUCAGCAGCAGCACAACCAGCAGAACCUGGCCUGGCUGACGCCACCUCAACUUCCUCCGCACCUGGAGCACGUCAUCCUCAAUCACUACAACAAGUCUGCAGACGGCGUCAGCGAGAACACCUCGGGCGCCCUCCCCAUACCCAACCAUGUUGUGCUCAACCACUUGGCUACAAGCAGCAUUAAGCAUAAUACGCUUUGUGUUGCAAGCAUCGUCAGAUACAAACAGAAGUAUGCGACCCAGAUCCUGUAUGCGCCUCUGCAAUGA